AUGAUAGUGGUGUUGACAAUCAUCAGCGAGCUGAUCCGGUCUCCCAAGUUUAAGGUGCGUCAAAAUGAAUAAUAAUAGGCUUUGAAGGCAUUAAAUUUGAUUUUCAUACCUAAAUUUCAAAAAAUUUCAAAAUUUAAAAAAAAACAUUUUUUUUUAAAUUUUUGUGCUAAAAUUUUUUUUUCAUUUUUUAGGUUUAAAAAAUGGCUAUAAUGUUUCAAAAAUUCAAGAAAACGUUAAAAAUGUCAAAACCUCAUGAACCUUUGAUUUGGCUUUGAGGUUUUCAUUUCCGACACAUGUUGUUAUGUUAUAACGUUAAUGACACAUGUUCAUCACCAAAAAUAAACUUUAAAAAAAUGAUUUUUUGAAACAUUUUUUGAUCUUUUAAUCUUAGUACUAUAUAGUACUAAAAUGUUCAAAAAAUACUAUUUAGUACUAAUACAUUAUAAUAAAUAUUUGAUUAAAAAACAAUGUAACAGAACUUUUGGCGCACCCUGUACAUCAAAAAUAAUAAAGUACAAAUGUAUAGUGACAUAGUAUAUAUAAAGUAUAGGGACAUAGUAUAUAUACUAAAAAAAUAAUGUGUCAUAAGCCAUUUUGUGUUGAAAAAAAACUGUCAUAGGCUUUAUUUUGAAGCUCUCAAGUUUCAAAACACUUUCCAUGGCUAUAAAAACUUAAAAGUGCGAUCCUACUGCUCGAGUGGCAAUUUAUAGCUAUCUCAUUAGUUUUCACUCAACGUUUUUAAACUUUUUUUGAAAUUGUUGCAAAGUCUAAACUUAUUUUUGCACUUAAAAAAAUGAAACUUCCUAGUCCUAUCCUUAGCCCAGAGUCCUAGCCCAGAUCCUUAGUUCAAAGCCCAAGCUCAAGGCCCUAGCCCAGAGCCCUAGCCCAGAGCCCUAGCCCAGAGCCCUAGCCCAGAGCCCUAGCUCUAGCCCUAGCCCUAGCCCAGAGCCCUAGCCCAGAGCCCUAGCCCAGAGCCCUAGCCCAGAGCCCUAGCCCAGAGCCCUAGCCCAGAGCCCUAGCCCAGAGCCCUAGCCCAGAGCCCUAGCCCAGAGCCCUAGCCCAGAGCCCUAGCCCAGAGCCCUAGCCCAGAGCCCUAGCCCAGAGCCCUAGCCCAGAGCCCUAGCCCAGAGCCCUAGCCUAGAACUCUAGCCUAGAGCACUAGCCCAGAGCCCUAGCCUAGAACUCUAGCCUAGAGCACUAGCCCAAAACCCUAACUCAGAGCCCUAGCUCAGAGCCUUAGCCCAAGUUUUCCGCUUUAGCUCUAGUCCUGGCUUUACCUUGCUUUUCCUUACUCUCCCUUACGCUUCCCGUGUACCGACCGUACUGUGUCUGUAGCGUAUCAUGUACUAGAGUUCUAGAUCAAACUAUACUUGGUCUCCCUUGUGUCGUAUUUGCAACGUAAUGGGCGUUACAUAGCUCUAGUGAGAAAGCUGAUUUGAGCAAUGACUUUACUCUUGCUGCCUUGGCUUACCCUACCUUUUCUCACGCUUAUUUUGCCCCCCGUUCUAUGCAAAUCUCGUAUUAAUACUGUAACUUUUGCUGUUUUAGACUACAUUUUACUGCACUCUAUUGAAGAUUCUUCUACUAAAAAUGACUGUUUUUAACAAUUUCGUUUACUUUAACUUGACGCUUUUAAUCUUUUCUUACUCCGUCGUUUUACUACAAGUCUCAGAACUCACGCUGCCAUACUAUGACCAUAUAAAGUCAACAAUUUCGUUACAUAUAAUACCCAACACAGUCCAAACACAACGAUAUAACAACCAUUACAGUCCAAAAACAUCUGUACGGCUACGAUAACAUGGUUAAACGUUGAGAUACUACUAAUCAACCAAAUUGUUGUUUUUACUUUUAGUUGACAUUCUCCCUUCAAUUGUGGCCAAUAUUUUUGUUUUCGGCCGCAGCUGUGGGCAUUCCAGCCCAUUUAAAGCUCAGAAGGCUUUUGUGGUCCUAAUCACAUCAGGCUCUAAUCGAUUCGUCUGUUUCGCUUACUUUUCACAUAUCUCAUUACCCACCAAUUGUGAAGUUAGAUUUUAGGGAGGGGUGGUAAUUUGGGAAGAAGUUUUUUUUUAAUUUUUAAUUGUAAGCAUAGCCAGCAGAAAAAGAUUUUUUUACUUUUUUUUUGAGAGUACCCUACCCUACCCUACCCUACCCUACCCCACCCUACCCUACCCUACCCUACCCUACCCUACCCUACCCUACCCUACCCUACCCUACCCUACCCUACCCUACCCCCACCCUACUCUACCCUACCCUACCCUUUUUCACUUUCCUCACUUCUCCCUAUUCUGUUGUUCUAUCUUAACUUAUCUUGCCUUUCCCUACAUUGCCACGCUUUACGUUAGCCUGCCUUACCGCAAAAUACAUUAUCUUACCAUACCCUACUUCCCCCUCCCCCCCCGCCCUAUCUAGACCGUACAUAACUUGCUAUUGUCUACUCAUAACUUCACGCUGACUACGUCAGCAGACAUUUUUACCAACUCAGAGCUCUUAAUUACCCGCAUACUUUAACCUAUGUUUUAGCCAAUUAAUAAUCACGGUAGACUUGUUGAUCUUCUCAGACAAGAGUUCAGAACAGCAAAAUAGAAACAUCUUUUAGAGAGGGAAAUUUAUGAGCUUCCAUAGAUCAGUUGGUGCAUUUUUUUAAAGUUUUCGGACAAUUAGAUCUUUGAUAAUGGGAAAUUAGCGUGAUUGUAAGAUUGGUCUUUAAAACAAAUGUAAAAUACGAUGUAAUUUAAACUGGUUGAAACUCACUAUCAAUUUUUGAUUAAAAAAUUGUGUAACAGAACUUUUGGCGCACUUCGUUACAGUUUAUUUUAGGGUAAGGUGAAUAGUAUGUGUAACAGAACUUUUGGCGCACUCUGUACAUAAUUUAUAUUAGCCUAGGGUAGGGUAGAUAAUAUAUUAUUGUUUCAUUUUUGCGUUUGGUGGCGUUAUUUUGAUUAAACUUUAAAAUUUGAAUAAAACUUAACUUUUAGAAACUAUACCUAUAUCAAAGCCAUUUAUUCCUACAUUUCAUUACUUACUACAUAGUUGAUAAACUACUACACAUAGGGCUUGAUUUGUUCUAUCAGGCGCUAAUUUAUAUUGUAUUUAGUCAAAUUGAAAACUACUAACUAUGCUUAUAUAGACCUCUAUUAUAUAGAUCUUCUAAUUCGUACUGUUAUUCAUAUUUAUACAUAUUCAUACUCAUGUCUUCUUAGUACUACAAAUUUUUAGUCAGUACGUAAACUCUAUAUUGUUGUUACCUAAAAUCUUCAUAAUUUAUGGUUUACUCUAUUACGCUUAGAGAUAUAGUAAAAUUGCAAAAACUAUAGUAAACUCUAAAAACCAUCAGUAAAAUCUUCAAAAUCUUGAAAUCAAAACCCAACUAGCUCAGCUUAAAAAUGCAAACUCGAGUAGUAGGGCGUCAUCAAUCACCCUAUCGCCGCAGGCAGAAUAACGUUGGAUUGCAGAAAGUCAAACCCCUAUCCCUACAUUGUUCUCUACUCGUGUUCGUUUUUGUUUAUGCAUUUGUUGGCGGCCUCAUUUUCACUCAAAUCGAGAUCUCAGCGGCCAAGGAGCGCGAUGAGCGACUGUAUCGGCAACAGACCGAGUGUGUGGCUACGGUAGGUGGGAAUUCGUAAGAGCUGGGUUUUAUAAGAUAGUUCUGUAGGCUGUAUAAACGUAAGGCAUGGUAAAGUAGGGUAGAUCUUGGGGCAUGGCAGAUUUUAAGACUGAGUGGGGUAGCAUGGCAUACGGUAGAGUAGGCGUAAACUAAAGCAAGGUAGGGUAGGUAAAGUAUGGUACGGUAGGAUAAGGAAAAGCACGGUGAAGAAAGUUAGAGUAGAGAAUGGUAAGGUAGGGUAAAUAUUGGGGCGUGGUAGACUUUAAGCUAGAGUGGAGUAGUACGGGAUACGGGAGGAAAGGGUAGAAGUACGGUAGGGUAGGGUUGGGUAGGGUAGGGUAGGAUAGGGUAGGGUCGCGUCGGGUCGGGUAGGGUAGGGUAGGGUAGGGUAGGGUAUUGUAGGGUAGGGUAGGGUAGGGUAGGGUAGGGUAGGGUAGGGUAGGGUAGGGUAGGGUAGGGUAGGGUAGGGUAGGGUAGGGUAGGGUAGGGUAAGGUAAGGUAGGGUAGGAUAAGGUAGGGUAGGGUAGGGUAGAAUAAGUAUGAUUUUCUAUUUUCAGAAGUUAGCCCUCAGCACGGCAUCCAGCCACGCUGGGGUGAAUCGCACAGCUCAGGCCAUCGCUGAAUGCUUCAAGCAAGAAGUUGACAUCCGAUCUCAAUGGGGUUACGUAACUGGUACACUUUACGGGUUUGGCAUAGUGACGACGUUAGGUUACAAUCGAAUCGCGCCCAUCACAACAACCGGUCGAUUGUUUUGUGUAUUGUAUGGUUUGUGUGGUAUACCUGUCACUAUGAUCAUUAUUGCCAAUAUGGGACAGUACUUUAACAACUUUGCUACGAUUGUGAAGAAGAAGGUAGGGUUAAGUUUUACAGUGCAUUUGUUGUUUUGUAAAGAAAGUUCUUGCCGUUUUUUGUUUUGUAAAGAAACUACUUUGCUGUUUUUUUUUUAAACAAAGUUCUUGCGUUUUCCAAUUUGUAAUGAAAAAUUUUAAAUUUUAGAUAGUAACAUACCAAGCAAAUCGUCAACGUCGCUUAUCGGCCGCCAAGAUGGAUGAAGAUGAAGUGCCUGAAUCUAGUACGGCCAUGGUUGGAUUAGCACUGUUAGCAGCGUUCAUACUCUAUGUUGUACUAGGUGCUAUACUACUGCCUCUACUUAAUGGGGAAGUAAGUUUUUUUAGUGUACGGUUUUAUAGCAUUAAUAUAAAUGUAAAAUACGUUCUACGUUUCUUGUUUUUUUAAGGUAAUUACUGACAUAAAACACAAGUUUUAUCGUACAAAAUGUCGCCUGCAGCCUGCAGGAUCUAAAGAUCGUAAUUUUUUAUCAAAAACGACUAAAACAACCAAAAAUAAAAAAAAAUUUAAAAAACGACUAUUUUAAUACAAAUUUGAAAAAAUUUCACAAAUUUUGUAAAACAUGUUUUAUCGUAUAACUUGUCACCUCCAACCUGCGGAAUCUAAAAACCAUUUUUUUCUUAUAACAAUAUGGCUAGAACAACUAAAAGGAGUAUCAAAAACGCUAUUUUUAUCUCUUUCUUUAUAACUAUUUAAAUUAAAAAAAAUUUUUUAGUUUGAUUUCCUAAACGGCAUCUACCACAACUUUAUCUGUCUCACAGCUAUCGACUUUGGCUCAUUAGUACCGACACGAGUAGAAUUCUUACCCAUUACCUUUAUGUACGUGUGUUUUGGAUUAGCCAUGACUACCAUUGCAAUCCAGGUUGGCAGUGAAUACAUGAAGAAAUUGCAUCAUAUUGGCCAAAACUUGAAGAACGUCGCGCAUACCAAGGUCUGGUUCGGUGGUAAAACGUGA